GUGGCCGGAGCCGGCGGAGGUGGUGUGCUCGCACUCGGUGGCGGUCAGGAGCCGGCGGGACUGCAAGGGACGCCGCGUCUCUGAAGACUCUGGAAGAAAUCACGAUGUCGACCAACACGGACCUUUCCCUUUCUUCGUACGACGAAGGUCAGGGGUCUAAGUUUAUUCGGAAAGCUAAGGAGACACCGUUUGUCCCCAUUGGAAUGGCAGGCUUUGCAGCAAUUGUUGGGUACGGGCUAUACAAACUGAAGAACCGGGGAAAUACAAAGAUGUCCAUCCACUUGAUCCACAUGCGUGUGGCCGCCCAGGGCUUUGUUGUUGGAGCCAUGACUCUCGGCAUGGGCUAUUCCAUGUAUAAGGAAUUCUGGGCCAAGCCUAAGCCGUAGAAGACGAGCCGCCGCCUUGGACUGGGAAGUGCUUGCUUUACUUAGACGUCUCAUAUUGAGGUUACAUGUUUGUCACAAUAAAUAACGUGGGUUUAGACAAUGACACAGUAUUGAAUAUUGGCUUACUUCCUGGCCAGCUCAGUGUACCUGUGGCCAGAUUGUCAGUGACUUCACCAACUAGGCCACUUGGGGGAGUUAACACAACAGAAACCUGUCGCCUGAAUGCAGUUGGUAACAGUGUUCUCUUAGGGGGACAGCGGACAGUCAGAUACAGUGUGCCUCAGAGCAGGCCUUGCUUUGGAAGGUGUCAGGAGGAAGCAUGUCUGCCCCAGUUCAUUCAACCUUUUUGUCUGCCUGUGGGCUGGCUUUAGUUGGUGUCUGAAAACACUUUCCAAAGAGUGCAUGAAAAAUAACUAAAAUUAUAGAGCCCCCUACAACCGAGAGAGGGUUGGGAGGGUGUGAGUGUGUGUGUGUGUACGUGUGUGUGUGUGUACACCCAGAAAGCUGAUGGCAGCUGCAGAGAAGCGGUGUGUAUUAGAAUCAUACUUACAAACACAGUUAAUUGGGGGUUCCACUUUAGCUGUGUGUGUGUUUGUGUGUGUGUGUGUUUGUGUAUACAGAGAAGCAGUGUUUAUUAGAAUCAUACUUACAAACACAGUUAAUUGGGGUUCCACUUUAGCUGUGUGUGUGUGUACAGAGAAGCGGUGUGUAUUAGAAUCAUACUUACAAACACAGUUAAUUGGGGUUCCACUUUAGCUGUGUGUGUGUUUGUGUGUGUGUGUGUGUACAGAGAAGCGGUGUGUAUUAGAAUCAUACUUACAAACACAGUUAAUUGGGGGUUCCACUUUAGCUCUUUUAUACUUGCAAAGUUAUGUUUUUGCCGCUCUGUAAUAGAAUAGUGCUUAAACGUCAUAUUGAAACAGAGGUAUUUUUGUUUCUUUUUUGUGGCGCUGGGCAUUAAAUGUAGCCCUCACUUGGGCUGGGCAAUUGCUGGUACCAGUGAGCUGCAUCCCAGCAGAAAUAGGGACUGAAAGUGAUAAUACUUACACAAAUGAUAAAGGAAACACACAGCUUGUGGACAGUGUCCUGCUUUCCUGUAAGAAUCAUAAAUAUUAAAGUACUGAAAGUGAGAAGAGAGUGGUGGGUGGGUGGUUUUCCAGACACCACACACAGAUGGAACAUACAGAAUGCUUAGUGCACUGUAACCCCGUCCAGCCUGAACCUCCAUUCCACAGCGACAGCGUGGCAUGUGUAUUGUUAUUAAAAGAAGUGAACACACCAGGAGUCUUGUAUUUAUUUCAGCAUAGACUCUUCCCUUGGAGUAGCACGGAAAUCAGAAGACGGAACUUUGUACGUGUGGUGGGAGACAGUUAUAACUAACUUCAUCUUCAGCUUGGAGCAUUGUUUGGCAUUUGUUGGGCACCUACUGCAUGCCCCACACUGCCCUGAGAAAUGUUUCUUUUAGCUGUGCACAGAUGUGGAUAUGUACGCGGGUGUGUGCAUACGACUGCAGGUGCCCUCCAGGCUGGAGGCACUGAGUAUCCCUGGGGCCAGAAUUACAGGCAGUUGUGCUGGGAACUGAAUUGGGGUUCUCUGCAAGUGCAGGUCUUGGUCUAAGCAUUGAGCCAUCUCCAGCCUGCUCCCUUUUCUCACAUUUGUGUGUGUGUGUGUGUGCAUGCAUGUGUGCAGAAGUAGUCACAGGACAAUCCGAGGAAUCGGUUCUCUCCUGCGUGUGGACAGGCUCAGUCUUGGUAGCAAGCACCUUUACCUGCUGAGCCCUCUUGCUGGCCCCUUAAGAACUUAAACAUGCAGUUGUUAAAUUCAUGAUCUAGGGGGUAGACCCUUUCCACAGGCCUGGGAGGCAGGCAGUUAGCAGCCUGCGUUCCUCCUGCUGUGCUACCUGUAGGACUGACCAUGGAACUCGCUUUAUAUUGUUCUAGUUUAGAGUCGAUGGGAUCGCCCUUUAGAAGAGUCCAGGGAAGGUUAGCAGCACCACAGAUGCCAACAAAUGUAAGGAGCUGCCAUGUGGCCUCUAAUAGGACCAGGCUGCACCUGAUCAGUCCUGAUGAGGACCUGUAUGAUUGACGUGAGAGCAUGGACUAGCCUGAGGAAGUUCUCUGUCUUUCGGCUUCCUGCUUUAGCGGUGUUCCACACUGUGAGAAUUUGUUACUGAGUGACACCUGGACUCAUCAUUGCCACUGUGAGCCAAAUGGUUGUGUCUUCCUCAUCCAAAGUGGGGACACAAUCUAGAAUUAGAGAAAAUAAGAAGUCACAGGGGCUUAGCCUAGCACGCCAUGCUUUAGCGACUCAGUACGUGGCUGCUGUUACUGUGAUUGUAGUGAGCGUAGGGUUUAAAGAUCACAGCAGAACAUGGCUGCCAGUAGAGGAAGCAGCUGGAGCGUCUGGCUGGCCGGAGCCUGGGGCUGGGACUGGAAGUCUCCCCAGAGAAGCAGCAUUCUACUUUGGUUCUCCGUAGGGAGCUGUUGGGUAUUAGUGGAGCGUGGUGCGAUUGUUUCAAGCCUUUCUUUCCAGUUACCUAUCUGGGCACAACGGUCCUUUUCACCCAAAGAGCUUGGCUCAGUUAAUGCUUGUUGAAUUCAUCAGAGUAAAUCUUGGGGGUUUUGCAUUUGUCAAGUUCCAGUUGGUCCUCUGUCCAUGAUUUUCCAUGUCCAUGGAUUCCUCCAACCACAGAUGUGAAAUUCGUGUGUGUGUGUGUGUGUGUGUGUGUGUGUGUGAGUACUGAGCGUUCGUGGAUUUCCGUUUCCUGUGGGGUUCCUACAGGUGUGGUGUAACAUCGGUUACACAGCAUUUUAUGCAUUAGACAGUGUGCGGAACGUGGAGAAACUUGAAGAACAGGGGGGAUGUGCACAGCUCAUGAGCAACCCCCCCCCCGUUUUGUUUAAGAGACCUGAGCACUUGUCUGCAGGUUUGGCUGCUCACUGGGGGGUUCUGGAACCCCCCUGCCACUGCUGGGUUUAGCGUGUCUGAGCAACAGCGACAUCUGGUGGCGAGAGUUGGACCUGACCACAGUGGUCGUGGAAACCACUUCUGUAGAUGAGUCCCCAGAUUUCACAGUUACGGUUCUGUCCCUAGGCAAAUCUGCAGCCCACUCCCUCAUGGCUGCAAGGCCAAAUCAAAGCCAAAGGAUCAUGAAGUUAAAGGUGCAGUGUACCAAGCAGUAGAACUGAGGGAACGAUGUUCUCCGAUCUAACAGCCCUUUAGGUUUAGGAGAAAGAGCGAGCCCAGGCUUAAGAUAGAAUGCCACGUGGCCAGUGAACCUGGGUUUAGGAAGAACCAGCACUGCGCAUGUGCCUGAGUUCUGGGCUCAAGGAGGCUGCUUAGCUUUCCCCUCAGUCGCCUCCAAGGGGCAGAGACGAAAGAGGGAAGCUAUCUGUAAGUGGGUCAAGCUGAAGCCAUUGUCAGUCUCUAGUAUUCUGGGCUGUUUCCAGCGUAACUGGGUGACUAAAAGUUCAUCCUCAGCAGAGGCUGCUGUCUGCCUUGCCGGUGGCCCUCCUCAGAUUUGUGUUUUUGUCCGCUAAACCUCCACCUUCCACCAUCUCUCCCUGCUCUGAACCUUCCUCCUAUUCUCCAGUGGGCCAGUCAGCUUGUCCCACAUCUGCCCCCUUGUGCUAGUGAAGAUUUGUCUCAGCCUUUCUAAGGAGGAAGCGAUCCACACACAAACUGAUCACUGUGGGAAUGUCAGUCAGAUGCUAAGUGAUGGAGAUGGGUCAUCUUUCUAUCUGUUGUUUCAUUGGUUAAGUAAUAAAGAAACUGUCUUGGCCCCUUUAAUAGGACAGAAAAUUAGGUAGGCGGAGUAGACAGAACAGAAUGCUGGGAGAAAGAAGCCGAGUGAGGAGUUGCCAUGAUUCUCCCACUCCAGACAGACGCAGGUUAAGAUCUCCCUGGUAAGCCAGCUCGUGGUACUACACAGAAUAUUAGAAAUGGGUUAGAUCAAUAUGUAAGAGCUAGCCAAUAAGAGAAUAGAGCUAAUGGGCCAGGCAGUGAUUAAAAGAAUACAGUUUCUGUGUAAUUAUUUUGGGGCAUAAGCUAGCCAUGUGGGCAGCCGGGUGCCGGGGACGCAGCCUGCUGCUCAUAUUACAACAGAGUGGCACCCAGCGUGGUAAUGAACUCCACGUAAAACCUGAGAGGGCUUAAAAAGGAGAGAGAGACAAUUCAAGACAGUUUUUUGCUGUUUGUGGGUUGCUGCGCCCAUGUUCCCAAAUAUUGUUUAUAAAUGUUCUUUUACAUUUAAAGGGGGAUAUGAUAUAGAUAUGAAUCAUUUGCAUUGGUAUGGAUUUUAAGGUCAAUUUUGUUAUAUGUAUAUGUAUUUCUGAUCUUGAUUAAGGUAUUGUGAUUGUGUAGUUCAUUUAAAAAUGUAUAAUUAGGAAAUAUAGGUUGCUAAUGGAUAAUCAUCGAUAAUAGUAAAGCUUGUAGUCAUGUUAGUUAGAUUUUCUAGAUAUGCAUAGAUAUAUUUCAGAUAGGUAUUCUUCAUAUCUUUCAAAGGCUACAGAAUAUGGCAUUUAAGUGUUUUAAUAAUUUAGGGCUUUUUAUGACAAUGAGACACAUCUGCUCCUGACAGCACCAAUCUACUUCAAGAGGAAGAUGGGCAUCAAAGAGGCUCCUUAUGGAGUUUGAUAGACAUUUGGGCAAGAAACUGCUCUUGCCUGGACUGAUGCAUAAACGACACAGAGAACCCACAGAGAGAGGACUGCUGAACUUGCCUAAAGGUGAGAUGAUCUUUCGGGGUUCCUGAUUUAUAAAAGAGUCUAUGAGACAUUCUACAGGACACAGCAAAAAGUGACUGAACUGUCUUUGUAAUUUCCUGCUUGAUGAAAAAUGUCUGCUGGAUACUAUGGGCCUGAAGGCCAAAGACAGAUGCCCCAACGGUACAAAAGAACUUUGGGUGACUGUACAGGCAGCGAGAUGUCUCUGUCAUUUCUAGAGUUUUGGAUUUCUUGUUUGCUUAGGUAAUAUUAUAUCCUCUGGAGUCUUUGAUGGAGUUAAAGAAUGGUUAGUAAUAGUUAUAGUUUUCCUUAGUUAUAAUAAAAGAUAGAUAUAAAUAUUAUAACUGUAAUUCUUGCUUGACAACUGUUUUGUUAUAUGUAAUUUUACUAUGUCAAAGUGAACGCCUUUUUUGUUUAAACAGAAAAAGGGGAAAUGAUGGAGAUGGGUCAUCUUUCUAUCUGUUGUUUCAUUGGUUAAGUAAUAAAGAAACUGUCUUGGCCCCUUUAAUAGGACAGAAAAUUAGGUAGGCGGAGUAGACAGAACAGAAUGCUGGGAGAAAGAAGCCGAGUGAGGAGUUGCCAUGAUUCUCUCACUCCAGACAGACGCAGGUUAAGAUCUCCCUGGUAAGCCAGCUCGUGGUACUACACAGAAUAUUAGAAAUGGGUUAGAUCAAUAUGUAAGAGCUAGCCAAUAAGAGAAUAGAGCUAAUGGGCCAGGCAGUGAUUAAAAGAAUACAGUUUCCGUGUAAUUAU